CUUUCUUUUUUUAUUCAAGAAUAUGUUUUUAAUUUAUUUAUCUUAUUUUAUUUUAUUUUUUUAAAGGACCUUAUCCUCACCAUACCUGGUUGUCCAAAUUAGGCAUAAUGUGUUAAUUCCACGACUGUAUAUAUCGUUAUCGGUUGAUAUCGGUAAUUAAGAGUUGGGUAAUAUCGGAUAUCGGCAAAAAAGCCAUUAUCGGACAUCCCUAAUUUUAAUUCAUAUUUAUGUUGCGUAUAUAUUAUAAAAAAUGUAAUGAAUAAAAAUACAUUAUAUGAACCAUGUGUACUAAUAGCUAUGUCACGCUAAAUCGUGUCUCUAUCAAGUUCCAUUCCAAAGUAAAAGUUGUUUUUUGUGUCCCACAUGAUUCUAUUGGCACUUUAAAGAUAAUCGCUGACAUCCGGCUGCUAAUCCGUCCACCAGCGGCAGAUUGACCGUAAAGACGUUAUGGAGAUGUGGGAUUUACUCCGUGUCACAAUAGCAUGCUAGCAGCUAGCCCACUUGACUCCGCCAAUCGUCGUGUUACAACAGUCACGUGACUCCAACUCACCUCCUGGGCAAACGUGGCCGCCGCUGAAUUAUCUUUGAGGAGGCAGAUUAACUUUUUUUUUUUUUAGGCUUUGAAUCGUCUCCUGAGCCAGAAGGAGUGUGCGGCCUUCGUGGAAUGCCAUCCAUCCAUUUACUACCGCUUGUCCCUUUUGGGGUCGCAGCGGGUGCUGAUGUUCCCUUUGGUCCACGCCACGCCCCCUUGUUUGCGGAUGACGUCACGCGACGAAGACAGACAAGUUGGUGAAAGUUGUCGAUGAUGAUGAUGAAGUGAAAGGAAGAAAUGUUUGCUAAGUUUUAAAAUAUGAUGAUACUGAUGAUGAUGGAUGUAUGAAAGGAGGGGGGAGGAGGAAGAAGGGACAGGACCCCCCCCCCUGCCCCGACCCCCCCUUCCUCGCUCCUCCUCCUCCCUCCCAGAAUCGGAGCAUCCUGCUAUUUCUUUCUCUUUCGCUCUUUCCGUCUCUUUCAUUCACUCCAGUCCGAAGUGAGCCGACGCUGGGACCGAACCCGAAACCCCCCGAAAGGUCCCGGACGCACCGGCGCGCGCCUGCAGGAGGCGAUGGAGCCGUGAGCCGAACCCGAGCCGAAGCGAGACGAGCCCGAGCUGCCGAGCGAGGCGAUGCUGCAGAGUGGACCGAGUGAAGAAGACUCCUGUCGCGCACACGCCUCACACGCACUUUUCUCAGCUUUGGACCGCGCGUGCACGCCCAGCAUGGAGCCCGACUCGUCGUGCGCGGGAGGAUGCCGACGCACGCGGCUGGCGCGCGUUCUUCUCCUGCUGCACCUGAUCGCCGUGCACGGAGGUGUCAUGGCGACCAACUCCACCCAGCUGGACGCCGCCACCGCUGGCAACGGGACCGCCGCGCUUGGCGAGCAGGAGGGCGCCGCUGAUGUGGUCGCCGUGGCAACCGGCCCGAGCGCCUGGGCCGCGCCCGACGUUGUCAUCGCUGUGACCCCGAGGGCGGGCCGCGUGCCUCGUGCCGGAGGGGCGGACGAAGGGGGCAGCGGCUUAUUUGGUGAACCCGUGCAGGAAGGGGGCGUGGCCUCACCGUCACAAAUCAGCCCUGAAUCAGCCGAAACGGAGCUCCUGUUGCCGAGCAACCCUGUCAAACAGGACGUGGGAGAAGAGGAGGGGCGUGCGGCGCACAGCGACCCCCCGUGGAUCCACGACAAGGACAUCGCCGUCUUUGACCUGGACCCGUCCUUCACCAGCGCCGCCACCACCCGCCCCCCCAACCCCGAUGUCCUGCACGUGGACUUCUUUGACCCGUCCUCCCGCGGACGCAACCUCGACUUGGCUCCGUCCUCCACAUUGUACCCGGCUCACGAGCUUCAGGGCGGCGACCCGACUUCCUGGGCCAUGCCGGACAACUAUGACUACCUCACGCCGUACGAGGACGGGGCGUCGCCCACGGCCGACGAGUACACCGACGCCACCACUGCCGCCGACGCCUACGAGAGUGACGGCUCUCCGGUUCGAUCCAGGCCGCGGGGUACGGGUCCGGUCAGGCCGAACUUCCCCGCCGAGGUGCCCCCGGCCACGGUCCCACUAGACGGUUCCGAUGGAAUGGGCGGGUGUCGGGUGGGCUAUCGGUUGGUCAACGCCUCAUGUCGCUCGCCCUGCGACUUUGUGCCCAACUACUGCUACAACGGAGGACAGUGUUACCUGCUGGAGGGCGCCGGAACCUUCUGCAGGUGCAACGUGCAGGACUACAUCUGGCACAAGGGCGCGCGCUGCGAGGCGGUGGUGACGGAGUUCCAGGUGAUGUGCUUGGCGGUGGGCACGUCGGCCGUGGUGGCGCUGCUGCUGUUCAUGAUGGUGGUCUGUUUCGCCAAGAAGCUGCACGUGCUCAAGACGGAGAACAAGAAGCUGCGCAGACGCAGUAAGUACCGGCCCACGUCGGAGCAGCACAAUGAUAAUUUCUCGCUGUCCACCAUCGCUGAGGGCUCCCACCCAAAUGUAAGGAAACUGUGCGACACCCCUCCUAACGCCCCCCAUGCCCGUGCAUUGGCUUACUAUGAUAACAUUAUCUGUCAGAAAACCAUGAGCAGAUACACGUGGGAGUGUAAGACCAAAGAGGAGUCCGACUGCGAGGAUGACCCUAUUUCCCAGAACAAGUUGGAGGAUGCGGUGAAGGCCCCGCCCCAGGAAGACGAGUCCCUGAACAUCCACAACGCUCUGACCCCCAAACACGACAACCACAAGCUGCUGGGGGAGGACAACUCGUCCGAGGUAAACUCUCUGCAGAACAACAUGAUGUGAAACUUUAAUCGCCACCUCCACGCCACUCGGGUCCACCUGGCUGCCACGCCCACCCUGGGGCCCACACCGAUUCCUGUCCUGCCCUCUUUCGCAACCCCGCCCCUUGUUGCUGUCACAUGAGUACCCCUUACCUUUCUCACCACACACACACACACACACACACACACACACACACACACACACACACCUUCCUUGCCUGCAUUGUUGUAUUUUGUAAAAAGAAUUCCAAGGUGUGUAAAGAAGAAGCUAGUGAGAGCUUUGAUGUUUGUUAUUAAUCCAGUGAUGUUUUAAAUAUUGCAAACAAACACGACGUGUCUUUUCUUUCAUUUCUAACCCUUUCUUGUACUUCUUUUUAUUUGAUACUCUUUCAACCGACAACAAACCACACUUGUUAAAAUAAACCUUUUUAACAUCA